CACAGCCUCCAAUCUGUUUUCUCGAACCACACACAAACACACUCACACAAACACAGAGGCAUGACAUGGUCCGGGACCAUAGAUUUCACUAAGAGGGGUCGAGGAGCAAUUUUCAAGACAUGGAUUUUAGCGAAAAGAAGCACUGAAGAUAUCUUCCAACUGGACGCCCAAUAACUCCAGCUGACCUUGGAAAACCGAGAGGAGGGAAUUCAAAUUGUGUGACGCAACCGUACUGCCAGUUCCAUGAUGGAUAUCCCAAUAGACCUCUCCACUUUCAACUCCACCUCCUCCCCGUAUCUAACCACAAAUGCCUAUCUGAACACCUCUACUGCCCCCUCGCCCGACACCUGCACGGACUGGCCUCCCAUUCCCAUGACCACAAUCAUCCCGACCAUCUACGGCAUCAUCUGCGUGCUGGGGACUGUGGCCAACACCUUGACGGUGUCCGUGUUGGCCCAUGCAAGCGCCUCGAGGAGAACCGUGGCAAACACCUUCAUGCUGAACCUGUGUGUGUCCGACCUGCUGUUCCUGCUGUCUCUGCCGCUGUGGGCCGUCUACUACUCCCGGGGCUACAGCUGGCCCUUCGGCCGACUGGCCUGCAAGAUCUGUGGGGCGCUGCACAACCUCAACCUCUACGCCUCUAUCUUCUUCAUCACGUCCAUGAGCAUGGACCGCUACCUGGCCAUCGUGCAUCCGCUCCGUUCCCAGAGCUCGCGGGACCCCAAACGUGCCCGGCUCACUUGCAUCCUCGUGUGGGUCCUGGCGUGUGCGUGCUCGGCCCCCACCUUCGCUCUGAGGGACACACACUACAUCCCGGCGCUGGAUGUGGAGGCCUGUGUUAUUUCCUAUCCAGAUCAUACUUGGUAUCUGACCCUGGUGUGGAUGAAGAUCAUUCUGGCCUUUCUCCUCCCUCUUGUCGUCAUCUCCUGUUGCUACUGUUCUAUUGGUAGAAACUUGCUGGGUGAUACAGGGCUGUUACGAAUGCAGAAUCGGUCCCACACCCCCAACUCUUUUAAAGAGUCCCACGAGAGCAGCAGUAAAACAGAGAGACCCCCGACCCCCUGUGUGAGCUCCAGCUCCAGCGGGGGCAGACCCAGGGGGGUGGAGCGGGUCCUCUGGACAGUUAUCGCCGUGGUACUGGCCUUCUUCCUCUGCUGGUUUCCCUUCUACUGCGUCACCUUAAUGGAUCUGCUGAAAAGCCACGAAUGGCUGGACAGCUGCUGGGUUAACUGGGCCAUUCAAAACCUCACCCCUGUCACCCUGUGCCUGGGCUUCUCUAAUUCGGCCAUCAACCCUGUGCUCUACUGCUUCAUCGGGAACCAUUUCCGGGGCCGCCUCGGGAGCCUCUGCAAGGGCCUGUGUGCCUGCUUGAAGGCCCGCGGGGAAGAUCAGAGCCAGAAGCGGGGCUCCUUCAGCACCAGGCUGAGCUCCUUCUCCCGAAAACUCAGUGACCUAAAAGACUUGGCGAUUGUGGAGCCCACUAGUCCUGCUUAGUCAGCCCCCAGAGGAGAUGUUCUCUGCCCUCUGCUGGCUUCACACCCCUUAAGAAUGUAUGUCAAAUGACUGCUGAACACCAAUGAGCACGGAUGUGUGAGUCAGAGCUGGUGCUGCGACUGACUGAGUGAAAUCCCUGCCGACAUCAACUCUGCCCUACAAAACUAAAACAGAAAAGCUACCACAUUAAAGACGUGUCGAGAGAAACGGUUGAACUGUUUUGAUGCUGUUCAUCGGAACACGUGUAACAGAUAUGAACCUAAAUAUCAUGAACGUUUUAACACUCCUGCUAGGGACACUUUAAAAGCAGCGAAACAACAAAAUGAGAACGACGUGAGAAUGAAAGCGAUCACUUGCAGUGAUGAAUUAUUUUCGCAGGCAGCAGCUUCACAGAGCAUUAUUGAGGUUCAGCUCAUUGUUUAUCUGCUUCUCCACCAGCGUCACUGUUUCACCCGCCCUGCGCUCAUGGUGCCGUUUCCAGCCGUGUUAACUCUGCACCACGUGCUCAGCCCCAAACUGCUCAUAGACACUAAGUGACUAACUGGUGAAACUAGUGGAGCAUUUAGCAACCAGAUAUUUCCCCUCAGGCGAUGGUAGGGACACAACAAACCGAGGCUGGGAAGUGGACUUCAACACGCACGACUUUAAAUGAAUGAUAGUGUCACUAAGGAACUGUUUGCUAACAAGUUUUUCACAUCAACUUAUAUUUAAAGGUGAUGAACAUGUCUCUGCUGAGCUCAAACUUAAUUUCAUCCUCACAUAGCAAGAUGUAGCUACGCCUCAUUCAGUUGAGAUAAUAAACUGGUCAAUUGAUUUGGAUGCUAACAUCUAACAACCUCUACAUCUAAGUUAGUUCGUAAUUUAAAAUGUGCAGAAGACCUUCAAACGCUCAAAAGAUAUUCACCAUCUACUCCUAUAGUCUGAAACAGAUAAAGUGUGUAGGUAAGAAGGUUUAUUUAUCACAUGGUCUUAAUAGAUUUAUAUCCCUAAAAACUCACAUGCAUUAUAUUUUCUGUGAAAUGAUUUACAUAUUGUAAAUAGUAUAUAAUCUCAUAUUUGUUUAUGUUAAAAACAAAUUUGCCUUGUAGGGCGGAGCUGGUCAAAGGAUGAAUCAGAUGAAGCUAUGUAUUAUAAAUGGAUGAUUAUUACCAGUUACUUUUACAGUUCUUUUUAGGAACAACAAUUUUUUUUACGUAAUCAUGUAACUUCUAACAUUUGUUUUUGAUAUUAUUCUCUGAAGAUAGUUAAAACUGAAAAAUCCCUGUAUUUCAUUGACUGACUGAGAAAUAAAGUCAAGAAAUAUUUCUCUGAAGAA